AUGCAAGGUAAGCGAUGUACCUCCACUGGUCGUAAAUGCGAUGGGUACGAGUUUCCCAAAGACAGCUCCAGCGGCUCAGCGUCGACCGCUUUGUCGCCACCACAGCAGAGCCCGGUGUCUUUCCAACAUCUAUUUCAACCCAACUCAAUUUCCAAACCAUUUCAAGGCAACACUCAAGAACGUCGCAUCUUCCACCGCUUCCAGUACUGCACGGUGCCUGCAUUCGCUGGAGGUUCCGAAACCGGGUUCUGGACAAAACUCGUACUCAAAGUGGGUCACGAGGAACCAGUGGUCCGGAACGCAAUCAUUGCCUUGGGGACGUUGCAUGAGGAUUACCAGGACCGCUGUGGCAAAUACAGCCCCCAAUUGAUUGACGACCAGAGCUACCGACACGCCUUGAAGCUAUACGGGGGUGCGUUGCGCGACCUGAACCAGAGACUCAACACCCCCUCGAGCACCAACGCCAAGCUCGCCAUCAUUUCAAGUAUAUUAUUUGCCUGCUUCGAAGUUCUUCGACGCAACAAUAUGGCUGCUGUCAUCCACUAUCAGCAAGGAAUGAGAGAACUGAUCAGACAAAUGAAUCUCCCUCAGGAUAAUGACAACUCACUUACACCCUAUUCGCCAGAGCAAUCGUCCGGCUCACGGCCGACCUUUCGCGAGAUUCCUCAAGAUGAGUUGGACGAACUACUCCGGGUAUUUGCCCGCUACGAUAUUCAAGCAUGCACGUUUUCCAAGGAGCGAGCAGAACCUUUGUUGACCCAGAUUGGCCACGUCCCUCGAAUACUACCGACCAAUCUCACCUUGAGUCAAGUUCGCAACCAUCUCGACAACCUCCUUGUGUCGGUCUACCAACUGGUCAAAUCCGAUGCGCGCAUGUACCGAUAUUGGAAGAAAGAUUCUGUGCCGGUAGAGUGGCAGACUCGACGGCAAGAGGCUCUUGAUAUCUUUGAUGCCUGGAUGGCAGCUCUAGAGAACUUCUUCUCAAUACAGGGUCCAAGGCUAGGCCGUGCUGACAUCAAAAGCCUGUUGGGUCUCCGCCUGCAGAUCAAGACUGCAGUUAUGAUGCUCAAGGUGUGCGUAGAUUGUGGACCCGAAACCACAUUUGACGCAUUUAUGGACGACUUCGAGGAUAUGGUAUCCAAGGUUGAGCAGGUGACGACGGCUCUUAGUUUGGCUGAAGCAAUGCCCCUGGAAGAUGAGCUCACCCCGUUCACCAUGGAGCUGGGCAUCAUACACCCUCUCUUCUUCACGGCUUGCAAGUGUCGAGACUGGGGUAUCCGACGGCGAGCAGUGGCUCAACUCAAGAGAGCCGGCAAAGAGGGCGUCUGGGAAGGGCCCAUCAUGGCCGUCUUGGCCCGGAGAAUCAUCGAACUGGAGGAGGAAGGCGUGUCACCAGGAGAGCCGAUACCCGAGGCAAAUCGCUUCCAUGAGAUCAGGAAGAACGUUGAUUACGACAGUCGGCAAAUCCUUUUUGAGGCUACCACGGCUUUAGAUGCGGCUUGGAAGAAUUUUUCAGUCCACAGGGAGGCGGUUCCGUUCUGA